AUGGCAUCGGGUGGUUGUGUGCAAAAUAGUUCUGCUCAAAUCGACAAAGAUUUCACGAAUAAGUGGGACCUUAUUAUUUCUGGAAAUAUUGUCUACGACAAGAAAAGACUAUAUUGGUGGAACAGCUAUGAAUUGUUGAAGAAAUUAGUUGAUUCUGCAUUCGUGCAACGUGGCAAAUGGUGGACGCCUGGCGGCAAGGCAAGAAGAUUUGAUAGCAGUAUUUCUUAAUUUACUGUAACAUGGUAUCCUGGUAAGCUGAAUAGUUUAUGCUUUAAUGGAAAAAUCGGGGAACAGGCUAUGGAUUUUCUGAUAAACUUAUGCAUAUCUACGUCUAUAUCUAACGAAACCAGAGGAAAUACUCAUGAUCAAAUUUAACUUUGCCGGUGUAUAGAGGAUAUUAGUGGUGAGGAAAUACUGAAUUCAGCCCAUAGCGCAGCCUGGGAAAUAUCCACUCACUCACUUGGAAGUGAAAUAUCUGAAAGAUCAAGCCAGGUGAGAUCAAAUUCACCUCAUUGCAGUAAAGUGAUGAAACGUGACUGUGACUGUCAGUGUGGAUUACUAGCUGCGGAACUAGAGGGGAUUAAGCUAGAUUUAGUCAUAAUGCAAAGAAACGUAGAGUCUAAAACAAAUGUAGUUAACAAUGAUGAAGUAACCAAACUAAAGCAGGAUCUCCAUAGCGAGAGGCAAAAAAGUAAGCAACUCGAGGCUGAAAAUAAGCGACUAGAAGCCGAUGUAGCAAUUCUAGUGAGGGGAAGAAAUAACGAGGUUAACGAUCUGAAUAAUAUCAUUGUGUCGCUCGAAAAUAAAGUCAAGUCAAUUGAAGUGUUAAAUGACUUGUUAAAAACAACAGUUAGCGAACAAUCAACCAUGCACUGUCAAAACAAUCACAAUGUAAAAGCUGAACUGGGCAAAUUAAAUCAGCAAGAUUAUAAUUAUGUUAAUCCACAUGGUUAA